AUGGCGACGUGUGGACGUUCCAUUUCGGCACAAACGCAGCACUGGCAAUGGUUGUCUGGAGAAGAGUUCUUUGCAGCGGCACUGAUCUCUCGGAUGGCCGCUACGCACACAGCGCAGUGCUCCGGGAUGGCUUCAUCUACCUCUACGGUGGCAAUGACACGGUCCGGCACGAUGACCUGCUGCAACUGGAUCUGGAGACCAAAAUCUGGAGCCGGGUCCUGGUGCAUGGCAAGGAUUGCCCCCCCGGCCGCGACUUUCAUGCGGCGGUGCUACGGAAGGACAGUCUUGGUCGAAGAAACCAACAUUGACCGGGCUGCUUAG